GGUUAUGUUGAGGAGGCGGAGGAGGAGGAGCAACAGGAGCAAAUGCAUCCAGCUGAUGAUGAUGUUGUUGUUGUUGUUGAUGAUGAUGAUGCAUCUGAGUGCUUGUAUUGGCUGCCGCUGCUGCUGCAACUGCUGCUACCAUGUCCGUUGUCGCACUAGCAGCAGUGGUGGUAUCCAUCAGGGCAGCAGCAGGCAUCGAAGUUGUACUUGUACUUGUUGGUGUAGCAGCAUAACUGGAUGUAGGUGCAACGGCAGUAGUACCAGUACCAGCAUCGGUACCAGCAACACCAGUGGCAGUGGUGGUUGUAGAGGACACGGGUAACAAGGUCAUUGGCAUGACGGAAGCGGCAGCAGCAACAGCGUCAUUGACAUUGUUAUAUGUGUUUGCCAAUUGCUGUGCCGCCGUUGUCAUGUCAUAAUAAGGGGAAGGCUGUUGUUGUUGUUGUUGUUGUU